AUGCCGAGGAAGAGGCGAUACGGGUACAGAUCCCGUAAGGAGAGAACAGAAGUCAGCUGUUGUAUCAAAUAUUUGAUGUUCGGAUUCAAUGUUUUGUUUUGGGCAAUCGGUCUCUUCUUGUUGGCUGUGGGAUUGUGGGCAUGGUCCGAGAAAGAAGUAUUCCAGAACGUGGGCCGGCUGACCAACAUUGCACUGGACCCUGCUCUGUUGUUUAUUGUGGUCGGAACAUCAAUGUUCUUCAUGAGUUUCACCGGCUGUGUUGGAGCUCUUAGAGACAACACCUGCCUACUUAUGUUUUUCAUGAUCUCAUUAGGAAUACUAUUCAUCACAGAACUUCUUACAGGCAUUCUAGGAUUUGUCUACAAGGACUGGGUGAAAGAUUCCAUUCAGACCCAGGUCAAGAACAUGAUAGUGAACUACAGAGAUGACCUUGACUUGAAGAACCUGGUCGACUGGGUCCAGCAGGACUGGCUGGGUUGCUGUGGAGUACAGGGCUACAGAGACUGGGAGUCCAACAUCUAUUUCAACUGCUCCUCUCCAGGUGUUGAGGCUUGUGGGGUGCCUUAUUCUUGCUGUAAACCAGACUCUCAGGAGGAGCUGAGAAACCGACACUGUGGGUUUGAGAUGAUGAAAGUGGAGCAUGACUUUGACAGAGGCACAAAGAUCCACACAAUUGGUUGCAUCCCUGCUGGAGAAAGAUGGCUGGAGUCAAACCUCAUCCCUGUGGCAGGUGUGGCAGUUGGCCUAGCAUUGCUGCAGAUUUUGGGAAUCUGCUUUGCACAGAACCUUCGCAGUGAAAUCCAAGCCCAGCGUGCCAAAUGGACUCUUUGA